CCUCAAACAAAGCCAGCAGACCAUCCUGUUGGACUUGCGACCUCUAUUGAUAAUAGGCAGAUAUUAAAAACAGGCUUAUCUCGAAAAAUGGAUGACAAGACUUGGGUGGCUUCUGCUGACGGAACUCAGGUUGCUCUCGACAACGUCUAUUUAGAGACUGAAGAACACAACCACCGCCUUUACCAAUCGUAUGCGCUAGAAAACUUGGCUUAUCUUGCACCUAUGGAUGAGGAUGAGAUCGAAAGACUUAACAUCUCUCACAAUGUCUUGAGCAGAGUCUUUGACGGGAGACUUAUCUUCCCUCCUAUAAGUCGGCCUAGGCGUAUACUGGAUUGCGGCUAUGGGACGGGAGCAUGGGCGGGAGAGGUAGCAGAACGAUUUCCUCGCUGUGAGGUCCUAGGUGUCGACAUCAACCCGUCCAUGCAGCAAGAGGAGGUGCCGGACAAUUUAUACUUGCAGGUGGACGAUUUGAACCGCAGGUUUACCUUUCCAGCCCACAAUUUUGACCUUGUCAAUUCUCAGAUGAUGGCAUCCAGCAUACAUGCAAACAGGUGGCCACAAUACUUGCGAGACAUGUUCCGUGUUACUCGGCCCGGAGGGUGGUGUCAAAUGGUUGAGAUGUAUUUUCAGGUUCAGAGUGACAAUGGCAGUUUGACCGAUGACCAUGCCCUCCGUCAAUGGAGUACCCGUUAUGCUGAGAGCAUGGAAGGUUUGAAGGAUCUGCGAGUCCCUCUUCGGCUAUCAAACAUGAUGAGAGAUGCGGGUUUCGUUGACGUCGAAGCCCGGAUGAUUCAACUCCCCACAUGUGGUUGGUCGAAUGAGGCUGACAUGCGCACAGAGCAAAGAGACCAUGAUAUUGGGGUAGCCAAUCGCGAAAAUGUCCAACGCCUGCUAUCCUCCCUGGCGGUCUAUCCAUUCACAGAGCGACUUGGGAUGCCCAUUCAAGACGUACAUCUGCUCGUAGCCCAGGCACGCUUGGAAGCCGAUGAGCCUGGCUUUAAGGCAUAUUUCCCACUGUAUGUAUGCAUUGGUAGGAAGUCUCGCUCUAGGCGUUGA